AAUUGGUGAAUAAUUCAAUAAUCCACUUCCAAUUGGGAAAUCAAUGGAGGUACAUUUUUCUUCUGGUAUUUUAUAGACCAGCUAGGAUAGCAAAUAGGCACGGUCCUACUGUACCUAGCACAGGUACUAGUUAGUCAACACUGUAGUUUUCGGGUAGUUUGCGGGCGAAGUGAGUGAGCGGUGGGAGCUGCUAGUUGGUUGUGCUAAACUUGACAUUUUGCAUCCGAAAACAAUAGAGUAAUGUCUGGCUUAGAGUACGGGUUGCAUAGAUACGAUGACCUGCCGCUGGAGAUUGUUUUGAAGAUUUUCAGCUAUCUGGGCUACUCGGACCUACAAGCGGCAGGAUCCACCUGCCAGCGAUGGCAUGCGGCGCUGGAUCAGACGGAGUUUAACCAGCGCACGCGAGUCUGCUUCUCCAAGGUGGUGCUAUCGGAUCAAUUGAGUCCUGGAGUGGAUCUGAUGCGCUGCGAGCGGCGUUUCCAGCACUUCCUUUUCGAGGACGUGACACUGGGACAAGUGAAGGAAUUGAUGCGCUUCAUGGGCAGGACCGCUCAGUCUCUGGCUCUGGACAAUGUGGAUUUGAACGACAAGCAGUUCUACGGCAUGCUGGGAGUGCUGCCCCAUCUCCAUUCGCUGUCGCUUAAGCGCUGUCUGCCGCUGUUCAUGUCCGGCUCUUUCCUGGACUCUUACAACAACUCCUGUCCUGAUCUAAACGACCUGGCAAGCAAUCUGGCCGGCAUCAAGGAGCUGACGCUGUGCGAAAACCGGUACCUCACGGAUGCCAUUCUUAUGCGUCUCACAUCGUUUAUGCCCAGUCUGGAAGCGAUCAACAUGUCCGGCUGUCACAUAGCCUUUCAUAAUGCUAUUCAUCGCAGAUUUUACCCAGCUACCAGCUCCUCGGAUCACGUUUUGCCCAGCGAGUCUGUGCUCACGUUCAAGUUCAUCCUCACCAUUCUGAACCUGCAGCGACGUACGUUGCGCGUGUUGAACUUUAGUCACACCCUGAUUGGCCAGGCUUUGUUGGCCCUCUGCGACCUCAAUCUUCAGCUGCAGCGUCUCUAUUUGGCCGGAUGCAGACAGCUUAACUGCACCACAAUCCGGAACUUUCUAGCCACACAGCCCCAGUUAUGUGCGCUUGAUUUGUCGGCCACAAUGUGUGUUAACGAUGAGAAUCUGGCCGCCUUGGUACAAACUAAUCCGCAGCUGGAGCACUUGAAGGUGAACGGCUGCCCGAGCAUUACAAAUGCUGGUGCCAUCCACUUGGCCAAGCUGAAGCGUCUCAAAAGUCUGGACAUCUCAAACUGCGACAACUUGACAAGCAGCGGCAUCAUUGAAGGCAUCGCUAGCGAGGAGAAUCCAGUAAUACAGGAGCUGAACGUGUCAUACCUUCGGAUCGGCGAGGAAUGCAUCAAGGCAAUUGCCAGUAACUUACGAUGUCUGCGAUCACUGCACUUGAAUCUCUGCGUCAUUGGAGCCACCGAUGAGGCUAUCCAGUCGGUCAUCGGCCAGCUGCGAUGGCUGCGCGAGCUCUCUUUAGAGCACUGCAGUGGGCUAACCGAUGCAGCCCUCACAGGCAUAAACAUAUCCAAGCUGGAAAUGACUCGCAAGCAGUCGGGUUCGCAGGUGUCGUCGAUGGACAACUUCUACCCGCCGUACUCGUACACGCUGGCGGAACGAGACAGCCUGGCGGGUUCCCUGCAGUCCAUUAAGAUAUCGCUCAGGAGCAAGGCCGAGGAUGAGAUUUUUCGGGAUGCCCGGCGAAAGCAGGCCAUGCUGGCCGCCUACGAAAUGAACCUGAUACGAGAGGAUGAUUUCGAGGGUCACAACAUUCAGCAGUUGCGGGGUCUGCGAUCGCUAAACUUGCGCGGCUGCAAUAAGAUCAGUGAUGUAUCCUUGAAAUAUGGGCUGAAGCACAUCGAGCUGACGCGGCUGAUGCUCUCGAACUGCCAGCAGAUUUCGCUGUUGGGCAUGGAGGCAAUGGCCAGCAGUUGUCCAUCGAUUGAGGAGCUCGACCUAUCCGACUGCUACAACAUUACGGACAAGACCAUCCAGGUGGUAACGGCUAAGUUGCCCCGCCUGAAGGCACUGCACAUCAGCGGUUGCAGCCAGUUGACGGAGCACACGCUGGACGCCAUUAUCACCAACUGCAGCUGCCUGCAGACGCUGUCAAUCUAUCGAUGUCGGAGCAUGUACCAAGACUUGGAGGAGAGACUGUCUGGCGUGAAGACGUUGCGCAACCUGAACAUGGACAAUCUGACAAGCAUCGACAACGCCGAGUUUUUCCGCCUGAAAAAGCGACUCGAUUACUGAUACUUUGCCGCAAUCUUCAUUGUCUUGAUGUUGUACUACUUUCAGCUGUACAACUUCCGCUAGUCAAUCGCCCCAGCCGUCGGAACAACCCACAUAUAUUUAUUUUUAUCUAUCGGCCCCCAGCAGCUGGGCUAUAGUUGUGAAAGCUUUAGUCAAAUAAACAAACAUAUACAUAUAUAACAUAUAUAUAACAUAUACAUAGACAUUGUUGUAUUUGCAUAUAUGUACACUUAAAUUUACACUAACCGCGCACGUUAGAUUAGCAAAAUUACAAGUCUCGAUUGUAAUGCAAUUAAAUUUUCGUACGUAACGUUUGUCCGCAUUCAACUGUGAUUUUUUGUAAGGUACGAAUCGUAUGAUAAGUAUACACGAUUGUAAAUUUUGUGAUCGGUUACCUAAAUUAAAGUUGUUUUUUAUUGUUGAGUAUUUAACUUGAUUUAAUUCGUUAGUAGUUAUAUUGUUGAAAAUUUGUUAAUUCAGUUUUAGCGAAAAGCCAAAAAAUGAAGUUUUUGAAAACACGUUGUGGUAAUUGUAAUUGCAUACUUUACAACAAGUCACUGUCACUUCUUAUAAGCUUUAUACGAUAAAAUCGUUAAUGAGACAACCGAACUUGAAUGGUUAAUGUAUUUGUAAAUAAAACGUUAAAAAAUAACUAAGUAA